AAAACUCAACAUGAGAUGAAUUGGAAAAUGUAGCGUCUGCGUGGUUCGUUGUUUGACCUUGAAAUGCGCAAUUAGAACACAGGAGUUUUUCAAAACAAACAAACGUGUCUCCAAGUGAUAAUCUGCAACAAUAAUCUUGCCUUUUCCCGCAGAGUAAUUUGCAUUCAAAUGACGCUCAUCUUCGCCAUGAUUUUCCUGUUCGAGUACUUCAACUGUAUCAUGUAUCUGAGCGACUUCAACCCCGUGUCGGUGUACUGCUUGCCGGAUUGCUACUUGGUCCUGCUGACGGGUGUCACCGCAGAGUCCCAGAUCGUGGGCUACAUCAAACUGCUCCAAAUGCGUUUUCAGCUCAUCGACCAACUACUGACUCGGUUUAAUGAGUCGAAUUUGGCGGCUGCGGUCGGAGAAGAUUCCACAUCUUUAUCAUCUUUAUCUAAACUGGUUCCCUUGGCGCCCGUUAAAGCUAACCCGACAACGCCGUCGAAUGAUACAAAGUUCGAGCUUAAUGAGCUGGAACCGCACCACUCGGUUGACAGCAGUAGUUUUAGCGUGGCGGCGAAGAAACGACAUCACCACAGUUUCCAACUGCUUUCAGACCCAACUGAUGCUGCUAACAAUGCGUUCGUUAAGGAAAUAGUCCCUGAACGGGGAAUGUGGCGACCAACUUCACUGCGAAUCGACCAACCACGUUUCCGUCGCGAGCUGUGCGGUGCAAAUGCUGCGAAAACUCUGCAUUGGGAAAAUGGAGUUAACGCUGUACGAAAGCUGCUUUUUAGAUUGCUCCUGCAUCGCCCAACAUCGGACGAGGAUCUCACGGAACGCAUCUGGGAGGUACUCAACACGUUCUACUGGGCAGCGUUUAGUGCGUACCGGAUAUUCCGCAUCUGCAACAUAUGUAACGCAACAAAAAACGAGGUCAAGCUUUUCUCUCUGCAACUGUUGCAGCAAAAAGUGGAAUUCACUGCAUGCGGACUGUUUUCCAUCGAUCAUGGAUUGGUUUUCAAUAUUGUUGGAGCCGUCGCUACAUACAUCCUGAUAUUACUGCAAUUUGAUGUAGCUCAAAACAGAUCACAGUGGCAACGAAAUGGCUAGAGCUUGAAAAUGAAAUAAUGCAGGAUUGUCUGUCUGUCUAUCGUCCGUUGCGCUGUUAUCGCACUGUGUGAACAACACUUUUCCACUGUGUACAACCACGCAGUUCAUCUGGCCUUCCGCCUGCAUAUAGACUUUAGUCACAACGUGAGCACAUGCAUUUCCUCGAGCGGAUGGCAGGAUGGCAGAACGAUAAGAAUGACUUCAUUUGAGUGUAUAGCCUCAUCUCAUACCUAAUUGAAUCAAGGAGCGUUGUUGAAUAAUGAAUCUUACAUACGGGUAUA